UCUAGUGUUUUUCGGAAGAAGUUAGAAGUAAAUCUGAAAUGCUAGAUGGCGCUGAUACACUCUCUAUACGCGAUGACAAAUAUGACAAUAGACAAACUGCGCUAUGGCUGUACAACUUCAAAGUUUUGCCAAUAAAAAAUUUUAAAAUUGAAUUGACAAUUGACAAUACGUACCGCACAUACCCACAUUUACCAGAAUCUCUGGCGUUUACUGGGUUGUUAUAGUUUUUCUCUGCAAAUGUAGCCGUACCUUGUGCUUGUUUAUAUUUUUUAGUUGGACGUCGUCUGCUCACCUAAAUGCAUGCAUCAUGUUGAUGUUCGAGUGAAAGUUAAUUUGUUGUUAAUUAAUUUAUUAUUAAUUGGUCAUGCUGAUGCCAUAUAUUUUGUAAACAUGAAUUCAAAGAUGCUGUUGUGUAAAGUGUUAUUUAGGCCGUUUACAUUCAGGACUACGUUAGAGAGGAGAUACCUCAGAGUGUUGCUCGCAAGCACUUACUCAACGGGGAAGGGCGAGUUAAAAGACUACGAGAUCCCGGUAAAAAAGAUCCGUAAUUUCAGUAUCAUAGCUCACGUGGAUCAUGGCAAGAGUACCUUGGCUGAUAGGCUUUUGGAAAUGACGGGAGCCAUCAAAACGAAUUCCGGAAUGCAGGUGUUGGAUAAGCUGCAGGUGGAAAAGGAGCGUGGAAUAACAGUGAAGGCCCAGACAGCCUCGCUCAAGUAUAUGCUUGAUGGCGAGGAAUACCUGCUUAAUUUGAUUGACACGCCUGGGCACGUUGACUUUGCGUCCGAGGUUUACCGUUCCUUGGCAGCUUGUCAGGGUGUUAUAUUGCUAGUCGACGCGAACGAUGGUGUACAAGCUCAGACGGUGGCCAACUUUUAUCUUGCCUUUGGCAACGACCUCACGAUUAUUCCCGUGAUUAAUAAAAUCGACCUGAAGAAUGCUAAUCCCGAAAGGGUCGUUAACCAGUUGGCUAAUCUAUUUGACAUCGAGGAAAACGAGAUCCUUAAAAUAUCUGCUAAAAAUGGUACAAAUGUGGAUCAGGUCCUAAAAGCCAUUGUCAUGAGAAUACCUGAGCCUCCGGCUAUUAGGGAUAAACCAUUGAAAGCGCUUAUUUUUGAUAGCUGGUACGACCGUUACAAAGGGGCGGUUAAUUUGAUUUAUGUUAAGGAUGGAAUUAUUAAUGUCGGUGAUCAGAUUUCGUGCUAUCACACUGAAAAAUCUUACGAAGUUAAAUCAUUGUCAUUCUUGAGACCAGAUGAGGAGAAGGUUCAAAAAAUAUACGCGGGACAAGUAGGCUGCCUUACUUGCAACAUGAAAUCCAGUGAUGCACAGAUAGGAGAUACAAUUCAUCUGAAAAAUAUGCGUGUGGAACCACUUCCUGGAUUUAAAAUCGCAAAAUCAAUGGUUUACGCUGGCGUGUAUCCCAUGGAUCAGUCGCAAUAUUUGUCUCUUAAAAGUGCUAUCAACAGAUUGACUUUAAAUGAUAAUGCAGUAACAGUUAUUGACGAAUCCAGUCCAGCAUUAGGACAAGGUUGGCGCCUUGGUUUUCUUGGGCUUUUACAUAUGGAAGUAUUUUGUCAACGUCUCGACCAAGAGUACGAUGCUCAAUCAAUUCUUACCGCACCAGGAGUUACAUAUAGAGCAAUAAUUACAUUGAACAACAAAAAGAUUGACAAAAACAAAAGCAAUGAAGUUUAUUUUAGUAAUCCAUCCCAUUUUCCCAAUCCACAAAUAAUUGAAAAAAUCUAUGAACCACUAGUAUUGGGAACCAUUAUAACACCAGAUACUUACAUGGGACCUAUUAUGUCUCUAUGCUUGGAUAGAAGAGGUAUAGAAAAACUAACAAAAAGCAUAGAUAGUCAUAGAAUAAUGAUUCAGUUUAUCUUACCUCUUAAUGAAAUAAUUGUUGAUUUUCACGAUGAACUUAAAUCAUUAAGUUCCGGAUAUGCAAGCUUUGACUACGAGGACUAUGGCUAUGAACUAUCCAAUAUAGUAAAAAUGGACAUAUUAUUGAACGGAAAUGUGGUCGAAGAGUUAAGUACAUUAGUUCACUGUACUAAAGCAACAGAGAAAGCAAAACGAAUGUGUACAAAAUUAUUGGAUAUAAUACCUCGGCAACAAUUUCUUAUUGCGAUCCAAGCUUGCGUAGGGAGUAAAGUUCUUGCAAGAGAAAAUCUAAAACCUUACAGAAAAGAUGUUACAGCCAAAUUGGUAUUAUUAAAAGAAUGUAUCAGCGUCAUCUAG